AUUCGCGUCGGUGCAACAUUGAGCGCCGGUUGUCAGCGCGCGCGCCGCCAUGUUUAACGUUCUAAAUUCAAAUUUAUAAAGAUAUAAACAAACUAAUGUGACAUUUUAUGUAAAGUGACUGCUGCUGCGUUUGUGUUUAACAACGUAUAAAAUUUAAUUGUGUGUGUUUGAAGUGGUGUUUAAAAGAUUGGUUUGGUGUGUUACAGACAAGUGUUUGUGACCUUCUGUGUAUCAAAGGAGUAUGUAAAACGCUCAAGUUGAGAUGAAUUCGAAAAAGCUAGAAUACUUUAAAGAUGACGAGAUAGAUGAAAAGCUCAAUCUCAGCUUCUUAGGUAAGCUUCAGUUUUACUGCAAAAAGAAAGUAAGUUAUAUAGAAGUUGAGGAAAACAACAUCAAAAUAGAAUCAACGACACAGCAACUCGCGGCUCCUGUAAGUUUCGUAUUGCUGGGAUUGUAUUCAUGUAUGUCAGGUAUCCAUUGGCUCGUUCUCGGAACUGUAAUAGUUUGUAUCAACUUAUAGAAGAAUCCAUUUGCAUUAGAUACAUCGAAUAACUUAUAAAAUAUUCCAGUGUGGAUUUCUUAUUGGCAUUUAUAUAUUUAGUGAACUUAUUAAAUAAGGAGUUUGUGGUGGCGCUGUUGUCAUGCCCAAUAAUCUUGUUGAGCGAGGCUAAAACAUGCUAUCGAAGUGCAUGGAGCAUACCUUGUCUGACGGGACUAUCCGCUUGUUUCCUAAAAUUUUCAAUUAAAAUGCGAUUAAUUUAACGCCUUAGAUUUCUGAAAAUAAAAGAUUGGAUAAUUUGAAUAGUGUGCCCAUUUUUGAUUCUUUAUUUUUCACUUUACUUUCUAUCUUUGUUGAUAUUGUUUUGAUAUUGUUAUGAAGGAGUGGAAUUUUACAGCAACAGCAAAAAAAUUGAGUUGGACAUUCGCCCACAAAAAAGUUUGAACAUUUAACCUUCAAAACCGGGAAAUUCACAUUUCUACUAAAUUAUCGAAUUUAGGUGUCUGCGGUGUGCUGCAUGUUAAUCUUUUUCGACUGUAGUUAUUAAAUCCAGAUAUAAAUUGUGAUGAAAGAACCAUUGUCAAGUUAUUUACACACCUAACUUAGCUCAUAAACCUAAACAAAAGUUAAAUUAUUCAAUAGAAACUAAAGGUCACUGAACCUCUACGUUAACCAUAAAAUAAGCGCGACGAGUUUUAAUUGAAAUCAACUUCAUUAGUUUCACUGUUAAUGAUCAAUUUCGCGGCCGUCAUGAGAAAACGGCCAUAGAUUCAUGCGACUUAUAAACGUUUAUGUUUUGAUCGACGCAAAUAAAAAUCAUCAUCACUAUUACGAAUUUUAGUUGUCAUUAUUAUAGAACGCAAAAAUCAAUAUUCCUUUAGCAUGUAGCAAGCUUGUUACUAAAAAAAAAAUAUUUAGGUGGUAGGACUCUUUUUCUGCCUAUUCCGUCUGGCUAGGUACCACAAUCUUACCUAUUUCUGCCUCCAAAUAUGGAUGCUUGCAUUGCUGUGUCUCGAUCUGAAGGAUAUAGAGUAUAGAGAGCCAAUAUUAUUAGCUGUGAGGCAUUCCAUCUUAGCCCUCAGAGCUGACAACGUAUCUAUAGCUUUCUUUGUUCGAAGUCAGUUGCAGUUUUUUUUUUGUUUUUACAGUUUACAGCCUGCAGUAGUCACAAUCAGGUGAAGAAUAAAUUCGUUUUUCACAUUAGUUUUUUAAAAAUAAAGAAAAAAGAAAGCUAUAUGUUACGUUCACUCACGUAGCUUCUCAUAUUGGCCAACCUGUCACGAUAUCAAACUUAGGUAUCUUCAACUCACAUCAGUUUCCAUUCAAAAAUUUUUAGCGCAAACAUUAAAUUGAUCUCAAUCGCACGUCAAACUAAAGCUUUGACAUUUUAACGUAAACCGUCAAAACGAAUGACAGGCUUACUUGUAUUGAAUUCAGUAUCACACGAAAAUGCAUUCUCUGAUAUUUCCUAUUGCAAUGCAGUAUUGUUCUCUUUAACAAAUUUAAAAGCUGAAGUAUGUAUGUAAUAUUACUAAUUAUAAUUAAAAGUGAUUAUCAUUAAUCGCUCAUAAUAUGCUUACGAGAUUAUCGAUUAGUUUUUUGUUGAAAUUGUCUUGCUGGUUUUUCGGCGCUAUAAGAUUGUUUCGUUUUUCUUUUAGGUUAACUAAAAUGCUAUCGUUCCAUAAAUGAUACUGUUAGUACAAUUUUCUUGUAAAAAUACAUAUAUUUUAAUUAUUGAAGUUUAUUGCAGUUUACUUCUUAAAAAUCGGCUCAUAUAUAGCCCACGGUAUUAAAUAUAUAUCGGAAAUGACAACAGGAGAUCCCACUUCUGAUGUCGGAGAUUACAAUAGAGGAUCGCAAUUUUGAUCUCUGAGAUACAUCAGGAUAGCGUUAAUUGUUAAAAAUAAUAAAAUUGUGAGAGCGGAUGUUCAACUUGCUCUCUUGCUUACGCAGUUUAAUCAUUAUCAGUAAUAAGACAACGUAACGCACUAUACAUUCAGUAUAGUGAAAUUACAGUUCAACCACACCGUAAUACGUCUCAGCCACAAUCACACACCAGUGUAACGUGGGGUACGUAAUUACAUGAUAACACCAAAAUAUGUACAGCAACAGCAACACUACUUAUCUCAAUGUAACACAGGGCAGCCUCUCAGCAACACCAAUCCUCCUUGCCUGCACUAGAAGAAUUACAACAACGAACAGAACCACGACACUAUCUUAGCACUAGUAGAAUUACCACACUCGUUGAAUGACUUCAGCGGAAUCCCCCGCGCACGGCACCUACAGUGAACUUUAUACUCCAGACACAAGAGGGGGUUUCUCGAUAUACCCUCCCUUCUACCUCGAUCCAACCGGGUAUUUUAUAGACGCUCCGACACGGCCAUCCUGACGUACGACCGUCCUCGGGCGUGUAUUUUCAUGCAUUCCUGUAACAAACACUAUUAUUCACCAACUCGUUCGCUCGUCCAUCCUAACACGAGCAGGUACAUAUUCUUAGUUCGCUAAACUAAUUGUUAGAUAGCGCUGCUUGUUGCGCUAUGGCGCCAUCAAUCCAUGACACGGCCAUUCCAGACUAGCAUCCGUCCUCGGUUGCAGUGCCUGUAGACAAAAUAUGCUCAGAGAUUAAUCGAGCUCGGCUGUCCUGCCAAUCGACUCUAAGUACAAUAGCUAACUGUCAUAAUUGACAAUGCCUUGUUAUUAAGGUUUCUUACACAGUGCUUCCUGCACAACAUGAUUUAUCGUGGAAGGUCCGAUCAACAAGUUCCAACACAGUAAUUUUAACACUUUUUUACUCUUUACAAUUCAUAAGCAAUGCAUAUUCAACUCGUGAAACUUUCAUUGAAAUCUGUGCACCAACACAGACCAGAAUCGCACCAACGAUUCUUUACAUAUCCGCCGUCACAUAUGCCAGAAUCGCACCAACGAUUCUCCACAUAUCUGCCGUCAUAUAUGCUACAAUACACAAGGGGCUCUGUGCACCAACACAGGCCAGAAUCGCACCAACGAUUUUUUACAUAUCUGCCGUUACAUAUGCCAGAAUCGCACCAACGAUUCUCAACAUAUCCACUGCCAAAUAUGCUACAACACAUCUGCCGCCACAUAUGCCAGAAUCGCACCAACGAUUCCCUACAUAUCUGCCGCCAAAUAUGCACCAACACAGACAGAAAUCGCACCAACGAUUUCCUACAGACCCAUCGCCACAUGUUACUCAUGAGGUGCGGUCUAAAGUUUUGAGUAUGAGUAUACAAGCAUUCUUAAUCAAAUUUGGUCUCACUACCACUGUCAUCAACUAUGACAUCUAACUCUCGAGGAACUUGGUGAUCGGGGAUCUUCCUCACAUGAUCAUGGGGGGUAUUUGUCCCCAUACUUUUCACACUAAUAUGACCGCUUCCGGUUAAAUUUACAAUACUAUUCACACUUUUGCCAUUAAACAUUGGCGCAACACAAUCUUUUUGAUGAGAGAGCAUUUGGCACCAGAAUCGUAAUAAAAUGGAUACGACUCACCAGUAUUCAUCAGCACACCGCUGUGAUUGCUCACAUAGAAGACGAAAACACAUCGCUCACUGCUAGUCGCUACGGCAGGCAUAGGGCUAGCAUACGUGGCUACUAAAACAACAGCUCACACCAUAAUUAGCUGCCUUGAAGCAAGCUCAUGUGGUCAAAACAACAGCACAGAGCGUGCCGCACUCGCAUAGCGAGCCGUCGCAUCUCACCAGCGCCAGCAAGACGCUGCACCGUACCACGCACUCGAAGCGUUAACGGGAGCAGCAGGAGCACCUGAGGGUUCACAGGCAUCGUCGGGGUUGCCGUCAUCGGGAUCUGCGUUAAAAACAAGUUAUUAGUUAUCAGGACAACAUACACAGUUGCCUAUCUUCUUAUCCAUCACGCAUACGAGGCCCUCAAACAGAAAUACGCUCUCAUACCGUGGACUAUAAUAAAGCACUUCGCUUUCACAAGUAUGCAUACAUCUCCAUACGAAGUAUCUCACACGUACUCGUACUUUAUCUUGCAAGAUCCCACGUUAACCACGUGAACCACGUUAAAAAACGUGAACCAGGAUAGCGCCUGCCAGGACACACCCUGACGCAUGUUCAGAGAACACGAUUUUCGCGCAUACAGAGUAUAAGACUUCCGCGCACACAGUGUACGACUUCGGCGCACACAUAGUGUAAGACUUCCGAGGCACCGCCAUGUACAGCAUACGCGCUCUGGGCUGGCGCUUGCGUAUACGCGCGCAUACGCGUCUGCCGAAACCAGGCCGUGCUACAGCUGGACCUGGCUAUCCGUUACGACCAGCAAGGCACACACUCUCCUCACACAUGUAAUCAUAUCACACGUGUUACUGUAACACA